AUGCAGCAACCUACACCAGUUACAAUAAUUCAUGAUAAAUCACAACAAAAUUGGAAACAUCCCAUUGUACAUUAUAUUUUCGAAGAUGAAAUAAUACCAAUUAACAUCACGCAAGAGCAUUGUAUUUUGGUUGGCUUAUCUGAAGAUGGUGAAAAGGUUGAAAACAUGUAUUCUUUGAGUCAUAAUUUUCAAAUAACAGGCUUAAUGUUAACUAUUGAAGGAAUGUCUAAAACGUAA